UUUUCAGUUUUCACAACCAAUGAGACUGAUAACGAUUGAAUUUCUGCCGGACGCACGGACAAGAAAACCAUCCUACUAGUUUAAAUUAUAAUUGAUUUCGAGCCAUUGGAACAAUCAAUUCAUGAAUAUAACCGUUCCAUCGUGAACGACGUCGUACAGCAAGAAUAAUGGACUACACUCUAGCGGCACUAAAACUAUUAUGCAUCCAGUUAAAGGCGGCGCGUCCGACUCACGACUCAUCCCAAUCCUCCAUCUCAUACGGCCCCAUCCUCUUCCAACGCGCGUGGCUACAGGGCGUAAUAAUCUCGCUACCGUCCACCGCCGACGGCCGUUUCCUCGUCGAUGAUGGCACCGGCGUCGUUGAACUCGUUGCGUCUCGUGAUUUUAUUAAUCGCGAUUGGAAAUUAGGUGCAUAUGUGAUGGUUGUUGGAGGAUGUGUUAUCCGUGAUGAUGAUCUCCCUCUGAUAAAGGUUCAUAAAAUUGUCGAUCUGUCUGCGUUUCCCCAUCGAGAGGCGAUGUGGUAUCUGGAAGUCUUGGAGGCAUACAAGCUCUUCUAUAAACCCCUAAUUGAAGAUCCAUAGCCAUAAAACCAAAUCUUCUUGGGCCACAACCGAGUUUAUGGUUGUAAUCGUUAUAGACGAGAUUAGAGCACUCUUGGUGUCAUUCAUUCACACAACCGAAUCUGCAUCGGAGUGUUUAUCGUGCUAGAAAAGUAGAAAGAUAACCAAACAAUUGAUCAACUUGCAUCAUUUCUUCUUAAGAAGCUCCUAAUGAGUUUGAUAUGCUAUACAGAUUUUAUGAAAAUUGUAUUUUCGCUUCAGUAUUUUUCGAACCAGACACAAACCCGAAAAUUUGGCAUCCAUAUGAAAAGACUCAAACUUGCUAGUUA